AUGAUCAAUGCUUUCCUGGUCUUCAACGGCCAGGGCCAGCCGCGGCUGACCAAGUUUUACACUCAACUGGACACCAGCAUCCAGCAGCGCCUCAUCUCCGAGAUCUUCACCCUCGUCUCCAACCGGCCCUCCGGGUCUUGCAACUUCCUGCCGCUGCCACCGCUGCUCGCCGCCUCGGGGACGUCCCACUCCUCCUCGGAGCCGCACAACGAUGUGCCCUCGCUCGUGACGUACCGCCACUACGCGACGCUCUUCUUCAUCAUCAUCUCCACCUCGACCGAGUCGCCGCUCGCGCUGAUCGACCUGAUCCAGGUCUAUGUCGAGGCGCUCGACAAGCUGUUUGAGAACGUGUGCGAGCUGGACCUGAUCUUCAACUUUGAGACGCUGCAUGCCACGCUGGGGGAGAUGAUUGUGGGGGGCGUGGUGAUUGAGACGAAUCUGGAUAGGAUAGUCUCUGGGGUGAGGGCGCAGGGCGCGGUUGCGAAGAGGCCUGUCAAUGAGAGUCGAGGGUCUGGGCUUGGUGCGGGCUUGGGUAACAUGGGCGCCAACUUCGUCUGGACCACCAGAUGA